GGAAGAUAUUGAGUUAUAUUUAAGACACAUUGAGGCAGAGUGGCAGAUUACCCUGUGCCCAGCAAAAUGGAGCUUGAGGCUAUGAGCAGAUACACUAGUCCAGUGAACCCGGCUGUCUUUCCCCAUCUGACCGUGGUGCUGUUGGCCAUUGGCAUGUUCUUCACUGCCUGGUUCUUCAUAUAUGAGGUCACCUCCACCAAGUAUACUCAGGAUAUCUGCAAAGAGCUCAUCUCUUUGGUGGCUUCACUCUUCAUGGGCUUUGUCCUCUUUCUGCUGCUGUAGGUCAGCAUCUACGUAUGA